GGCACCACGCGGCCCGCGCCCGGCCGCGCUAUAAAUGGCUUAACACCCAGUCUAGACGAUUUACUCGGACGCACGCACGGGGAGACAAUUGCCUUCUUGUUCUUUGCCGGUGAACUCCGGCCCCGGGAAUUUAACCAAGUCUUCUUCCUCAGCUAGCGGAGGAGGAUCGAAACAGCCGCCCCGUGGGGCGGGGUAGGAAGUGGGGGGUCGCCCUUGCUCGGCACUCGCGCCCCGGUGUUGGAUUGACCGGUCGCGCUUUUUCUCUUGGCUUGGGGAUCCCGGCGGAGCACGCCGUGUGAUGGACCGCAGUACAGGAUGCCUCGCAGAUCGCCCUGGAGACGAAGGGGGCUCCCCAAAGGUGGCGAAGACCUUUGAGGCUAAAGAUUUGAUAAUCACACCAGCCACCACCUUUAAGGCUAAACCAGACCCAGAUAAUCUGGUAUUUGGAGCUGUGUUCACAGAUCACAUGUUGACGGUGGAGUGGUCCUCUGAGUUCGGCUGGGACAAACCUCAUAUCAAGCCUUUUCAGAAUCUGUCUCUGCAUCCUGGCUCGUCAGUUUUGCACUAUGCUGUGGAAUUGUUUGAAGGUUUGAAGGCAUAUCGAGGACAUGACAAUAAAAUUCGGCUGUUUCGGCCGGACCUCAACAUGGACAGAAUGUAUCGAUCUGCCGUGAGGGCAACCUUGCCGGUAUUUGACAAGGACGAGCUUCUCCAGUGUAUCCAAGAGCUUGUGUCUUUGGAUAAAGAGUGGGUCCCCUAUUCCACUGCUGCUAGUCUCUACAUCCGUCCCGCGCUCGUCGGAACUGAGCCUUCACUUGGCAUCAAGAAGCCCACCAAAGCGCUGCUCUUCGUAAUCCUGAGCCCAGUGGGGCCUUAUUUUUCCAGCGGAUCCUUCAAGCCAGUGAGCCUGUGGGCCAGCACGCAGUAUGUCCGAGCCUGGCAAGGUGGAAAUGGAGACUGCAAGUUGGGAGGGAAUUACGGCUCCUCUCUUUUUGCCCAGUGCCGGGCGAUGGAGAAGGGAUGUCAGCAGGUCUUGUGGCUGUACGGAGACGACCACCAGAUAACUGAAGUUGGAACGAUGAAUCUUUUCCUUUACUGGAUAAAUGAAGAUGGAGAAGAAGAACUGGCAACUCCUCCGCUAGAUGGCAUCAUUCUUCCAGGAGUGACGAGGCAGAGCAUCCUGGACCUGGCACGCGAGUGGGGUGAAUUUAAGGUGUCAGAGAGGUACCUCACCAUGAAUGAUCUGACCAGCGCCGUGGACGAGAACAGAGUGAAGGAGAUGUUUGGCAGUGGCACGGCCUGUGUGGUCUGCCCAGUUUCUGAUGUACUGUACGAGGAUCAGAUGAUACACAUUCCAACGAUGGAGAAUGGGCCUAUGCUUGCAAGCCGUAUCUUGGAGAAACUGAAUGAUAUCCAGUACGGAAAAGAAGAGAGCACCUGGACAAUCCUAGUUUCUAAAUGAGAACUGUGGAUCCACCGUAUGCUUCUGGAAAAGGCUGCUGCCCUCAGACUACGAUAGAUUUCUUAAGCUACCUGUCAGUAGUUGUGUGUAAUGUAGUUUGUCUUAUUUGCGUGUUGUAAGGCUGAUUUCUUUUUUCCUUGUGCCAGAGAACAUGAGUUGUCAUUAUCCGAUGUUAUUUUGUAUACUUGAGUAUAGUUACUUACUGUACCUUUUCCCAGAAAGAUAUUAAUGUAAGCCAUAUCACAUAGAGUUUUCCUCCAUAACUUGAGUGCCUCCCUUUGUGCUUCACUCAGAUCCAAAAUGUUGAGUCUUUAGUGGAAUGUGUGCUCCUCAACCAAGUGUCAGGUAGGAUGUGUGUGUGUGUGUGGAGGCUGACUUAUAUUAGUUCUGUUCGUAAUGAUCUCUAAGAUACAUCAUUAUUAUUAGGAACACUCAGAAAGUAUUUUCUUUCUUAAGUCAAGAUCUUGAAAAACUUGAUUUUGCUGGCCCACAAUGCAUCUGUGCACCAGCCGACCUGAGCAUGGUCACCAUGGCCUUGUCCAUGUAGUACAAGACAGAGGGGCGUAUGCCUCACAGAUCCUUGCAUGCCUAAUGCCUGCCACCAAGUAGGAACUCGGAAUGAACAGACAGUUAGCUGCUACGGAAGUGCACCCUCUAUGUUUCUAUAUUAUGAAACCUCCUUCUUAGAAUUGUGACUGACCCUGACAACUUGUAGUAUUUGCCUCAUAGUAUCCUCAUUUUCUGUGGACACCUGAGUCAUUAGAUGUACUGAGAGCCCGAGUGAGUGAAGCCUCUUGGAAUUAAAGCAAUAGCUGGGGAGAGAAUUCAUGAUAUCAAACCAGCCAAAUGGAAAUGGCCUGUGGCCGAAGUGAAGCGUUAACUGUGACAUAAAUCAUCCGGGGGAGGGGUGAAAACCAGAGAGACAUUCUGGUUUUAUACUUUGUUUUUGUAGGUGCUCUUUUCUGUUGGAGGAGGAUUGGUUGAGCAUAAGCUUAUGGCGGAGGGGGAGCAGUUACAGCUGUGUUCCUGCUUUAGGAGCUGACUUAAAUGGGGUCUCCUUUCCUGCGUUAUUUGUGGAAAGUGAAAUCUUGACAGAAAACAUUACCCUUGAAAGGUCGAUGUGCAGACAUUGGAUUUUGGUUUUCCUCAGUCUUAAUUCCUUUCAUCUUGCUCAUCAUAUUUCAUUCUCUUUUCAGAGCAGGGGAACAAACAUGUUAGGAGUGGGAUGCACUGGAAAAUUCUCCUUCAGGCAUUUAAGAACACAUAGCAAAUGGGCUUUGAUUCUUCUCCAGAACUUUUCACUGUAGGGUCUUGUUUUAGACAGGAGUGGAAAAUUACAGAAGUCUUGAGAUGAAAAGGAAUGGCAAAAAUAUCUUUUAAGGGGCUUUUAAUUGGUGAUCUGAACUCUUAGGCAAGCCUUCUCUUUUAGGCCUGGGGUGCUUUUAGGAAAUUUAGUGUUCUAAUGUGAUGCUUUUUGCCUUUCCUAAACCUUUUGACCUCAUUCUUAAUACAGCAAUCUCAGCAAGACUUCCAGGUAGUUUUGACUAUGAAAUAGCACAUGACAACUAGACUGAUGUCUCUGAGACAGAGAAAUUGCUUGUUUUCUGUACAUUGUUUUAGUGUGCCCAUUGUGAAAAUUGGAAGAUAUUAUGUUGAUAUGAUUUCAUUCAUAAAAACGUGAGAGUGUGGUGAACCAUUUCCACCACUCAAUAAAUACUAAAGAUGCGCAUCCUAAAAACUGGACGUUUCUUAAUAAGGGGAACACAGUCUGCCAUUCUCUUUUAAGUAAGAAGGCAGGAAAUUGACCUUGAUCCUCACUUGUGAAAUAGAUUUAAAAAGAACAUCUGCACUCCCCUUUUUCUUGUGCACUAUUUGUUUAAUUACAGUGAAGUGAUACAGUCCCAUGAUAUUGCUAGACAAGAGUGCCACAGUAUAACUAGGCAAUUAUCCAUUCUUCAAGACUUAGUUAUUGCAACAUUAAUUGAUCAUUUAAAACAGAAGAUAGUCUAACUAGGAACAUGUGAAGCUAAUCUGCUCAAAAUGAUCAACAAAUUAAUAUUGUUGCUGAUAUUUGCAUAAUUGGCUGUGAUUAUUUAAUGUUUAAUUGUGUUGAUCAAAUGAGAUCCAGCAAUUCACAUGUGAAUGACUGUAAAUAGCACGGGUGGCAGUUGAAAUGAUAAUGAUUAACUUCUUUUCCGUGUUUUUUUUCCACCUGCUUUUCCCAGUUUUCACAUUCUAGACUGAGUUUGUCAGCUUUCCCCAAAUACCUGAGGAGAAACCAAGGCUUUAGAAUGAAGUGUUCAGAUGUGGAUAAAACCAGAUCAUUUUGUAAAAAGAUUUUCCGUUAGUUAUUUGUUGUUGUUGUUAUGGCGGCAAUUGUCAAGGGUUCUGCGUGGAUGCAGUACUAGAAGAAUCAGCCCUGGGAUGAUGACUACCACCCUCCCUGGCUCAGGGAGGCUGGUGGGAAUGAAUUAAGUCAGCAGUACCUGGGCUGGCCUUUGCUUCCCAAGUGAAGAGGACAAGGGAGGCAGGAAGAAGUAGAUGACUGAGAAACCUCACUAGAGAAUCACACUUUUACACUCCUCAGUUCCUUUUUUUCCUCAAAAGAUAGCUUUAAGAAAUAAACAGAUAACCCAACAGAUAAUCAAUAUCCACUCCCCUGAACACAUGAGUAGUCUAUGUUGCUUGUGCUAGGUUAAAGUUCUUCAGCUUAAAAUUGAACCUACACAUGUGGCCUCCCUUGCCUUAAAUCUGAGCAUUCCUGGGCGUGUGAAAGCCAUUAGUGAGUGCCAUGUGGUCUGUACGGUUGUAAGGACUGUAUUAAACCUGCAGUUUCAAGUCUGCUUUAGGGGAAUUCUGUUGUGAAAACAACUGCUCAAAUGAGAGUAUCUCUUUACCUGCCCCAUUCAUGCUCUGGCAUGGUGUUCUUUUCCAAAUUGUAUGCUUGGUUUACUCUUUUUAAGAUUGGAGAAAAAUGUCAUUGGUAACAUCUGUUCACUUUCAGUGAAUGAUAUUUUCUGAAAUAUUUAAGUAGCAAGUGUUCGUCAGAUGCAACCAAGCGAAGGGCUCAUUGAGGAGGGGUCUAGGGAGCCUUUUGUGACCUGGUUCUAAAUGUGAUUGGAGAACGCUUGCUUGUGAUGUGGAUUUCCUUUUCAAUGUAUAUGCAAACUCUUACAAAAAAUAGUAAUGCUGAUCAGUAAUUUUAAUGGACAUUGUGUGGCAGUGUCUCUUCAUUUUUGUUACACAUAGAACUCGCUUAGCCACCUGUUCAGAUGUCCUCCCAGAGUGAGACAAAGGGCAGUAAGUGUGCAUUCUGUGUAAAAAUCAGGGUGAUUAUAAUUCAUUUGCCAAAAAUUGAUUGAGCACCCAGAAAAGUGCAUCUUGUACAGCCAGCAAUAGGAUAGGAAGUUAGCUUUAGAAAAUAAAUAAUGUGUAAACAUUACCUCAUGAAGUUUGUAGUCUAUUACUUGAACUAAUUUUAGCUGUCAAAGCAGUACUUGUGAAGGAUUCAGUGAAGAUAAUAAAGAGGAAGGACAGAGCGCAUCUUUUAUCGAGUGAUGACGGCGAAGAUUCCGUCUCAUUGUUUUAAGGACGGUUUUUCUGUUUGCAUCUCUGGCACAAGACUGCUCAGUAAGGUUAGUGUUUAAGUAUAAGUCCACGGUUUGUGGUGUGAUUACCUCCUGGUCUGUGACUUCGUGUCAACCUAGAGUGAUUGCUGUCUGCAUUCUUUUGGAGUAAUGUUAUGUGUGAUACAUCUUGUAGGAUACCGUAGAUUUGAACGUACUUGAUCUUCAAACCCAGAUAAUAGUGAAAUAAAGAGUUAUCCCAGA